GAAGCCUUAGCGAGGAACUCUCCUGUUCGGGCGUUCUGCUUGUAGUGUGGUGUGGAACGUUUAGGCAACGUGGUUUGCUUCUUUGCGGGAAGGCUGGUCUUUGGCCGGCUACGGCCUUACGGGCCUUUGGGGACCGUAGAUUUGGUCUUUUUUCACUGGUAGGAGAGCUCGCGGCGAGCCGCGCAGCGCCCUGACCCGUCCUCACCAUGCUGGUGCUGUUCGAAACGUCCGUCGGCUACGCCAUCUUUAAGGUUUUAAAUGAAAAGAAACUUCAAGAAGUUGAUAGUUUAUGGAAAGAAUUUGAAACUCCAGAGAAAGCAAAUAAAAUAGUAAAGCUGAAACAUUUUGAGAAAUUUCAGGAUACAGCAGAGGCAUUGGCAGGUAAAAUCAAAGACUAGCUUUUUUGUUUUUUAAAUACUGGUAAUUUGUUAUUCUGAUUAAGAAAUUGUUUGCUUUAGUUGCCUAAGUUAACCUUAUUCAAUGUUGUCAAUGAUGCAUUCUUUUUGAAACUGAAUUUAAGUGAUCUAACUCAAAUUCGUCACUACCACUGAGACAACAUUGAGUUAGCUUUUUUUACUAUAGGGCUGGUUUUUCCCCCACAUGUGAUGAGAGGUGAGAAGUGGUUAAGUUGAUCUCCCUGUGGAAACCCAACAGCGUAAUGCUGAAGCACAAUUCAGUAAAAGCUGUUCUACAAGGGAUCAAGCAUUCACAGCUCUAAUGGAAGGCAAAAUCAAUAAGCAAUUGAAGAAAGUUCUGAAGAAAAUAGUUAAAGAAGCCCAUGAACCUUUAGCUGUGGCUGAUGCUAAACUAGGAGGGGUUAUAAAGGAAAAACUGAAUCUCAGUUGUAUCCACAGUCCUGUUGUUAAUGAACUUAUGAGAGGAAUCCGUUCACAGAUGGAUGGAUUAAUCCCUGGGGUAGAACCACGUGAAAUGACAGCUAUGUGUCUUGGGUUGGCACACAGCUUAUCCCGAUACAGAUUGAAAUUUAGUGCUGAUAAAGUGGACACCAUGAUUGUUCAGGCAAUUUCCCUGUUAGAUGACUUAGAUAAAGAACUAAACAACUACAUUAUGCGGUGUAGAGAAUGGUAUGGCUGGCAUUUCCCUGAGUUAGGAAAAAUUAUUUCGGAUAAUUUGACAUACUGCAAGUGUUUACAGAAAGUUGGCGAUAGGAAGAAUUAUGCCUCAGCUCAACUUUCUGAAUUACUGCCAGAGGAGGUUGAAGCUGAAGUGAAAGCGGCAGCAGAGAUAUCUAUGGGAACCGAAGUUUCGGAAGAAGAUAUUUGCAACAUUCUGCACCUUUGCACUCAGGUGAUUGAAAUCUCUGAAUACAGAACCCAGCUUUAUGAAUAUCUGCAAAAUCGAAUGAUGGCCAUUGCACCCAAUGUUACAGUCAUGGUUGGGGAAUUAGUUGGAGCACGACUUAUUGCUCAUGCAGGUUCUCUUUUGAAUUUGGCCAAACAUGCAGCUUCUACAGUUCAGAUUCUUGGAGCAGAAAAGGCGCUCUUCAGAGCCCUCAAGUCUAGACGAGAUACCCCUAAGUAUGGUCUCAUUUAUCAUGCUUCACUUGUAGGCCAGACGAGCCCCAAACACAAAGGAAAGAUUUCUCGGAUGCUGGCAGCCAAGACUGUUUUGGCUAUCCGGUAUGAUGCUUUUGGUGAGGAUUCCAGUUCUGCAAUGGGAGUUGAGAACAGAGCGAAACUAGAAGCCAGGUUGAGAACGUUGGAAGAUAGAGGGAUAAGGAAAAUAAGUGGGACAGGAAAAGCAUUAGCAAAAGCAGAAAAAUAUGAACAUAAAAGUGAAGUGAAGACUUACGAUCCUUCUGGUGACUCCACACUACCAACCUAUUCUAAAAAACGCAAGAUUGAAGAAGUAGACAAAGAGGAUGAAGUUAUUGAAAAGAAGGCCAAAAAGGCCAAGGUUAAAAUUAAGGUUGAAGAAGAAGUAGUAGAAGAUGCAGAAGACACAGAAGAAGAAGUAGUACAAGUUGUAGAAGAACAGGAAACAUCUGUGAAGAAGAAGAAGAAAAAGGACAAAAAGAAACACGUUAAGGAAGAACCACUUUCUGAAGAAGAGCCAUGCACCAGCACAGCAGUUGCUAGUCCAGAGAAAAAGAAGAAAAAGAAAAAAAAGAAAGUUAAUGAGGACUAAUGGAAGGAACCAUUCUUUCAAAGAGUUCAUAAUUGAAUCACCUGGAUACAUCAUGCUUACGAUUCAGUCAGAAAUGUACGUGAGAUACUCUGUAAAAUAAUUGAUGGGAGGUUUGGUGAGAAAGAAAGAUUAAUCAUUAAUAGCAUUUUAUACCUAUUUGUGUCUUGACAUACUUUAACUAUGUUAAUUUUAUUAUGUCAUCAUUUCUUAGGAUAUUUGUUAUACAAAUAAAAAUAUUUUCUUUGUA